AUGGAGUCUUCAGAUGUUUCUCAGCAGUUUCUUUUUAAUCAAUCAGCAAAUGUGCCUGACAUAACUGCAGUGACUAUUUCAUAUCUUUUUUGUAUUUUUGGUGGCUCUUUGUCAGUUCUCAUAACGUUUGGAAACCUACUUGUAAUAAUGUCUAUUGUUUACUUCAGACAGCUCCACACUCCUACAAACUUCCUGAUGCUCUCUCUGGCUGUGGCUGACAUGCUAGUUGGACUUUUAGUUGUGCCGUUCAGUGUUGUGCUUUUUGUGAGCUCAUAUUGGCAUCUUGAAGAUUUACUUUGUAAAGUGCGAGGCAGUUUAGAUGUGUUACUGUGCAUUUCUUCCAUUUGGAAUUUGUGCUGCAUUUCUGUUGACAGAUAUUACGCAGUGUGUCAGCCUCUGAGAUACAGAACUAAAAUAAAUGUCCAUGUCGUUUGGAUCAUGAUCAUGGUGUGCUGGACCAUUGGCACUCUAAAUGGAAUUAUUCUCUCAGUAAAGGCUCCAGAAAAAGGACACAAAAACAACAAAUGUGCUUCAAUUCAAGUUCAAACACAGAAGACAAUAGUUGUGGCAGUUGUUUUUGGUUUUGGCAUCCCAGCUGUUAUUAUAUCUUCAAUCUACCUCAAGAUUUUGACAGUAGCACAGAAACAGGCACGCAGCAUCCGGAACAAUGCAACAUCUGGUGCAACUGUCAGUAAAAUGGAGAGAAAGGCGACUAAAACUCUGGCUAUUGUGGUUGGGGUUUUUCUCACGAGUUGGACUCCUUACUUUCUGUCCAUCAGCUUUCAUCCUUUGAGCAAUUAUACAAUACCAGUUAAUGUACUUCAGUCAUUUAAGUGGCUUGGAUGGUCUAACUCAAUGUUAAAUCCGUUUGUUUAUGCUUUUUUUUACAGCUGGUUUCGAUCAGCUUUUAGGAUGAUCAUGACAGGGAAAAUAUUCACAGAUGAUUUUUCCAAUUCUAAACUCUUUUGA